AUGCUCAGUAUGAAAGACAACAUCUUUAUGAUCAUUAUAACUGGAGAAUUCAUAAUAGGAAUGCUGGGGAAUGUAUACAUUGGACUAGUAAACUGUAUUGACUGGAUUAAGAAGAAAAAGAUCUCCUCAGUUGACUAUAUCCUCACUAGUCUAGCCAUCUCCAGAAUCUGUUUGCUCUGUAUAUUGAUACUCAAUGUCAUCAUAAUGGUAUGAUACCCAGAUUUUUAUGAAAAUGAUAAACUACAGGCAUUCAUUAGUAUCUUCUGGACACUCACCAACUACUUAAGCACGUGGUUUGCCACCUGACUCAACGUCUUCUAUUUGCUCAAGAUAGCCAAUUUCUCCCAUUUGCUUUUUCUCUGGCUAAAGCGAAGAAUAGACAGAGUGAUUCACUGGAUUCUGCUGGGUUGUUUGGCCAUUUCGUCUUUGAUCAGCCUUAUACUAGCAAUGACACCAAAUUAUGAUCAUGAGUUUCAUAAAAUUGUAAAUCCUAAAAGAAACUGCACUGAAAUGUUCAAUGUGAGUAAAAGUCAGUACUUCUAUUCAUUGAUUCUCUUUAACCUGUUGGCAGUUGUCCCAUGUACUGUGUCAUUGAUCUCAUUUUUCCUUUUAGUUAUGUCCCUAUGGAGACAUAUCAAGCAAAUGAAACUCAGCGUUACAGGCUGCGGAGACCCUAGCACAGAGGCCCAUGUGGGAGCCAUGAAAACUAUGACUUCAUUUCUCUUCCUCCUUUUUGUAUAUUAUGGGGCUUCUCUUUUGGCGACUUUUAGCUACCUUAUGAAAGAAAGCAAGUUAGUUGUGAUGUUAGGAGAAAUGAUAGCAAUUCUCUAUCCUUCUGGUCAUUCACUUAUUUUAAUUAUUAGAAAUAACAAGCUGAGGCAGGCAUCUAUCAGGAUGCUGAGAUAUGGGAGAACAUUCUGCAUGAUGUAAAAUCUUAGCUUUAUAAAUGGGUUUUGCUAA